CAUUAUUAAAAGUGACUUGCUAGUGUGAAGGUGCGUUUUUAUUUGUCUUUCGCGUUAGAAGUGAAAAAUAGUGUCAUUUAAUUAGUAAAAAGUGUAAAAAAGCACAUUUACUGAAAUAUUUAUUCAUAGAAAUUUAAAAUAAUAAGUUUUCAUCAUUUCGAAAUCAAGAGAUACAACACAAAAAAUGCCACGCUAUCGUGAAUGGGAUUUGGCAUGCAAAGUUUAUGUGGGUAAUUUGGGAUCUUCAGCUUCAAAAUAUGAAAUUGAAAAUGCCUUCAGUAAAUAUGGUCCUUUGAGAAAUGUGUGGGUGGCACGUAAUCCACCAGGUUUUGCCUUUGUUGAAUUCGAAGAUAGACGUGAUGCUGAAGAUGCAACCAGAGGUUUAGAUGGAACACGUUGCUGCGGUACUCGUAUACGUGUUGAAAUGUCCUCGGGCCGUUCCCGUCGUGACAAUAGACGCCGUGGUGGCACCAGCAGUGGUGGACGCGGUGGUGGUGGCGAAAGUAGCAGUGGUGGUCGUGGCGGCGGUGGCCGUUACAGAUCCCGCUCGCCCAGACGCAGUUCCCGAUCCCGUUCCCGCAGCUUUUCACGUGACAGACGUAGCCGAUCGGAUUCACGUGAUCGUCAUUAAAACUUAUAAAUAAUUUGUUUGCUUAAUUAUAAAAUUAAAAAAAAAGAUAAUGAAUUCUCUAGCAGAAAAAAAUGAAAUUCAUUUAAAACUUAAAUAAGGAAAAAAAUUUUUUUCGUCCCUGGAAAACUUUUAUUUUUUUAUUUCUCUAUUUUUAAUUGUAUAAAAACUAUUUUUCGUUUAUUUUCAGUAAGAAAAUAUUCGCAUAUAUGUUCUUUACAUAUUUCUUCUCUUAAUUUUAAGUUAAGUAUGUACAUGUACCAUUUUUAUCAUUAUGAUGUAAGUAGUUAUUUUUUUUUGAAACUCCUCAUAAUUGAUUUAACUACUAAUUGUGUACACAAUUGUGUCUACACAACAAUAUUAAAAUUUGCCAAGUUUUAUUUAAAAUAUUAGUGUGUGUUUAUUAAUCAUCAUUUAAAAAUCAACAACACAACUACUACCAACUACCAGUUUUUCUUAACUGCUCCAAACAACAGAAAAAAUACAUCAAUUCACUUCACUCUAUCAGUUUACAAGUUACACAUGAGGUAAAUUUAAUUUUUUAUUUUUAAUAAUGUAGUAUUGGAACAUAAUUUUUAACAUUUUAGUGAUUUUUAGAAAUAAAACAACCUACAUUAACAAAAAAGAGUA